UAUCUUCUUGCGGCUGCACAACAACACAACAGCACAUAUAUACAGCAACCUGUGCAUGGGGCGCAGGAACUGGCGCAUCAUGCGCAAGUUCCAGCAACCUGCCCCCAUUCUGCGCCUCAUGCCCCAAUAGCUGCGCAUGGUGCGCAAAUUCCAGCAGCACCAACAAUUUUGAUCAUUGUUUCUUGGAAUGGAUCUCCUUUGAUUGAAUCUGUUGUACCAAUAUACUUGGAAGCGACCACUGUUUUUAGUUUUAAGUUGUUGGUCAUAGACGAACAUCGAAUUUCAAUACAUAGAACCGAAGAUUCGACGCUUCCGCCUAUUCUUAAUGCGGUGGAGAUUUAUGUAGUAAGACAACGUGAUGCGCUCCCAACAUUUGAAGAAGAUGUUGAAGCUAUAAGUGAUGUAAAAGAAAGUUAUAGAGUACAAAGAAAUUGGGUUGGUGAUCCAUGUGAACCUAAAAACUACAGUUGGGUGGGCUUAAAAUGCAACUACAGCACUUCACUUCCUCCAAGAAUUGUAUCAUUGAAUCUGAGCAGAAGCAAUCUGAGUGGAAUAAUAACUCCUGCCAUUUCCAAUUUGGCUUUCUUGGAAUCUUUGGAUUUAUCUAACAAUAACUUAACUGGAUCAAUGCCUCAGUUUUUGGAAGAAUUGAAGUCCCUUAAAUAUUUGAAUUUAAGAGGCAAUCAGCUUUCAGGUUUUGUCUCUACCAAUCUACAAGAAAGAUCGAAGAAUGGAUUACUUUCUUUGAGGGUGGAUGAUAAAAAUCUCUCUGGUUCAAGUAACAAAAAGAAAGUGAUUGCUCCCAUUAUUGCAUCACUAACAUCGGUUUUAGUUCUAUUAGUCAUUGCCAUUCUCUAUUGGAAGCAUAGAAGAAGAAAUGAAACAUCAAAGGAGGAGAUGAAUAUGAUCAACAUAGGAUCAGGUACUGUAGUAUCAAAGAAGUUGCAAUACACUUAUGCUGAGGUGAUGGACAUCACUAGCAACUUUGAACUGGUCAUUGGGAGGGGAGGAUUUGGAAGUGUGUAUUGUGGUCAAAUGAAAGAUGGCAAUAAAGUUGCAGUCAAGAUGCUUUCUUCAUCUUCAACUCAGGGUCCAAAGGAAUUUCGAACUGAGGCUGAACUAUUGAUGACAGUUCAUCACAAAAAUUUGGUAUCCUUCAUUGGCUAUUGUGAUGAAGGUGAUAAGAUGGCACUCAUAUAUGAGCACAUGGCUAAUGGAAACCUAAAAGAAUGUCUCUCAGAAAAUCAUUCACAUUGCUUGAGUUGGGAAAGGAGACUUCUAAUAGCAAUUGAUGCUGCAGAAGGAUUGGAUUACCUACACCAUGGAUGCAAGCCACCUAUAAUACACAGAGAUGUAAAAUCAGCCAACAUUCUUCUAAGUGAAGAUUUAGAAGCUAAGAUAGCAGAUUUUGGACUCUCUAAGGUUUUUAAGAAUAGUGAUAAUCAAAAUGCAGAUUCACAACAAAAAAUUUCUUACUUAACAAUCUAUUUUAUAUUAGAAUAUGCAUUUAAAUUAAGAGCUUAAAGCAUAAACAUAAACUGUUUAAAUUUUAAAAGCACUUAUUUGUAAGUUAUUCUGAAAAGUAUUUGCUUAAAAUAACCUAUUGACAUGUCAUUAGGACUAUAAAGACAACCGAACCGUUAAACUGAACCUAAAAGAAUCG